AUGAUGCGGCCGUUCACGGUGCUGGGGCUGGUGGCAGCCUACGCACUGUUUGCGAAUCGCCUGGGCCCCUGGAUCAUGCGCGACCGGAAGCCGUUUGAACUGAAGACGACGCUCAUCGUGUACAAUGUUCUGCAGAUUAUCGUCAACAUCUACAUCUUCUAUGUGAUGAUCCGGCUGGUGAAUCUUUACUUCUGGUUGAAGGUUGCCGACUUAUUGGACACCAUAUUUUUCGUUCUUCGUAAGAAAAACAACCAAAUCACUUUCCUGCACUUGUAUCACCACAGUAACAUGGUGUUUCUAGGCUGGAUUGGUGUGAAAUAUUUUGCAGGAGGCCACGCGACAUUUUUGGGUUUGAUCAACACGUUCGUACAUACUUGUAUGUACACCUACUACCUCAUUGCGGCAGUGUAUCCUCAUAAUAUCUGGUGGAAGAAGUACGUGACACAGCUGCAACUGGUUCAGCAGAUGGUGGUAGGGCUGCAUCUGGCGCAGCUGUUCGUGUCCAACCCCUGCGACUACCCGAUGUUGGUGCCGCGGAUUCUGGUGCCGCAAUCCGUUUUUCUCGUCCUCCUCUUCUCGCACUUCUAUCAGCGCGCGUACGGCCGGAAGGCGGCGCAGGACACUAAAGCCAAGGCCUCCUAG